AGUGUUUUUAGGGGGUGGUAGGAGGAAGGAACUAGGAAGGAGCAUUGAAUGCAUUCUGCAACUUCUUUGACCACACACAAUUGCCUGCUCACUUCCUACAUUCCCUCCUACAUCUAUCUUCCAUUCUUUAUAUUUGCCCCUUUGAAUCCCCGCCCAGAAAGACUCAAUCUUCCACUUAGGUCUUCACACAUGUCACCACCAACAAGCUCAGUCAUGAACCCAACACCUUCCCCAGAAUGUAGAGGACAAGGGGUGCCUUCCAAACGGAAUCCGAACAAGGUACCUUGUUCAACCGUUCUCACCUUGGCUUAUCAGAGUCUCGGAGUAGUUUAUGGCGACCUGAGUACUUCUCCUCUUUAUGUAUAUAAGACCAUCUUUUCCGGAAAGCUAAACCUUAAGGAGGAUGAUGAAGAAAUAUACGGGGUGCUUUCCUUCAUCUUCUGGACAUUUACGAUAAUCGCGCUAUUCAAAUAUAUUUUCAUCGUUUUGUCAGCUGAUGAUAACGGGGAAGGUGGCACUUUUGCGCUGUACUCCUUACUGUGCAGGCAUGCGAGGCUCAGCAUGCUUCCCAAUCAACAAGAAACGGAUCAGAAGUUGUCUGCAUAUGCCAUACAAGGAUCGGAGGACACUAGGCAAACUGCGGCUUUGAAGUCUUUCUUCGAAAGAUAUCCGAGCUUUCGUAAUGGACUUCUGAUCUUUGUUUUGCUGGGAACUUGCAUGGCUAUAGGUGAUAGUAUAUUUACCCCGACCAUUUCAGUUCUUUCAGCUGUUUCAGGCGUGCAAGUUAAGCUAAAAGGGCUUCACGAGAAUUAUAUUGUUGUGAUUUCAUGUAUCAUUCUUGUCGCGCUCUUCUCCAUUCAGCAUCACGGGACACAUAGAGUCGCUUUUAUGUUUGCCCCGAUUGUCAUGGCGUGGCUACUCUCGAUUAGCAGCAUUGGAGUAUAUAACAUAGUUAAGUGGAACCCGCAUAUAUAUCAGGCGCUUUCUCCAUUCUACAUGUUGAGGUUUCUUAAAGUAACGGGUCGGGAAGGUUGGGUCUCCUUAGGUGGAAUAGUGCUCUCAAUAACAGGUGUGGAGACGAUGUUUGCUGAUUUGGGUCAUUUUUCCACAUUGUCGGUCAAGAUUGCGUUCACAUCUUUCGUGUAUCCCUGUUUGAUGCUCGCAUAUUUGGGCGAGGCUGCAUUUCUCUCUAGACACCACGAGGAUAUCCAAAGAAGUUUCUACAAAGCCAUACCGGAGGCCAUAUUCUGGCCAGUGUUUUUAGUGGCCACUUUGGCAGCUGUUGUAGGAAGUCAGGCUGUAAUAUCGGCUACUUUCUCAAUCAUAAGCCAGUGUUCUGCACUGCAUUGCUUUCCCCGUGUGAAGAUAGUACAUACUUCCAGCAAGAUAUACGGGCAAAUUUACAUCCCGGAAAUCAACUGGAUAUUGCUGUGCCUCUGUUUAGCUGUUACUAUCGGAUUAAGGGACACGAACAAGAUUGGAGCUGCUUAUGGCUUGACGGUCACAACUGUUAUGUUCGUGACAACUUGCUUGAUGGCAAUGGUGAUGGUGGUCGUGUGGAAGAAGAAGAUACUAACAGCCGCUGCUUUUGUUGCAUUCUUUGGAUCAGUGGAACUCCUCUAUCUGUCAGCAGCGAUGUAUAAGAUUCGAGAAGGAGCUUGGAUACCCCUUAGUCUGUCAAUUAUCUUUAUGGGCAUAAUGUUUAUAUGGAACUACGGAACUCUGAAGAAACAUCAAUUCGAUCUGGAGAACAAGGUCUCGAUGGAAAGAAUUUUAGCGCUGGGGCCUGGCCUUGGGAUAGUUCGAGUCCCUGGAAUCGGACUUAUUUACACCAAUCUGGUCACAGGCAUUCCAGCCAUUUUUGGACACUUUGUUACCAACUUGCCUGCUUUUCAUGAAGUCCUUGUUUUUGUCUGUGUGAAAUCUGUUCAGGUGCCAUACAUUAGCGAAGAAGAGAGAUUCUUGAUAUGCAGAGUCGGUCCUAAGGAGUACAGUAUGUUCAGGUGCAUUGUCCGAUAUGGAUACAAAAACGCCCAGCAAGAAGACUACGAUUUCGAAGCGCGACUAGUUUCUGCAAUCGUACAAUUUGUUGAAACAGAAGACCAAACAAAGCCUGGGAACUCAGAUGGUCUGGUUCUUGAUGCCCCGGAGUACAGAUUCUCCAACCUUAGUUACACAGCACAGUCUACACAUGACAUCCGGGUGAUAAUAUCAGGGGAGAGGAAUGCAGAAACCUGCACUGGUGUUAAAGACGAAUCCCGGGAUAUAAUGAGGGCGAGGGAGUCGGGAGUUGCGUAUAUCUUUGGGCAUUCUUAUGCCAAAGCAAAGAAAUCAUCUUCCAUCAUCAAGAAAUUCGCCAUCAACAUAGUUUAUGCUUUCCUGAGCAAGAACUCUCGAGGACCCGAUGUGGUUCUGAAUGUCCCUCACACUUCUUUACUGGAAGUAGGUAUGAUAUAUUAUGUCUGAGUUACAUUACAGGGUAAAAUGUCACAGGGAACCUGCAAGAGUAGAAGAAAUGCUGACCUUCAACAAGUUGAUUGCCUUAUUAGGCAUGUUUGGUUCAUAUAUGUUUUGAGAUUUUAUAGUUUGAUAAGUAGAAUCCCCUGAGGUUCAUGUAAAUGUAGGUAGAAUUGUAGAUACAUGACAAGAGAAUUACAGAUAAAAAUCCAAGCAACCCUGUGAUAAGUCCAUAGAGUAUAGGACACUGAUGUAUUAUAAACUUUGUAUAUACUUAGUUCUUUUCCUCUCCA